CUUCCUUUAGCCAAUAUCCACCUUUUUCUUUCUGUACAGUAUAAUUAGACGGGCAGCCAUUAGGUUCAACCAAGAUGACUAAGGAAAUUACCGUUGAAGAAGUUAUGAAGCAUAACACUAAGGAUGACCUUUACAUGGUCAUCCGUGACAAUGUUUACGACGUUACCAAGUUUAUUGAUUCCCACCCCGGUGGUGAGGAGGUCCUCAUUGAUGUUGCUGGUCGUGACGCUACUGGUUCCUUUGAAGAUGUUGGCCACUCCGAGGACGCCCAAGAUAUUCUGAAGGGUCUCUUCGUUGGCAAGUUGAAGCGCGUUGAAGGUGGCCCUGAAUUGCCUAAGGGUUCUGCCAAUUUGGGUGGUGAGCACCAUUCUUCUGAGCAGCAUGUAAACCCCUUCAUGUGGGUAAUCGUCGGAGCAAUGGUUGUCGCCUAUAUUGCUUUCCGCAUGUACUUCCUUAAGUAGACUUGACGUCUUCUUUCUUUUCUGUAACUUUACCUUCGUACCUGUAUUUCUCAUCUCUGUCAAUUUGUAUCAUAUAACCUUUAUAAAAGCCCUUUUUUGGUAUCCAAACA